AUGGUCAACUUCACCAUCGAGGAGAUCCGUCAAUUGAUGGACCGUCCUGCUAACAUCCGUAACAUGUGUGUUAUUGCUCACGUCGAUCACGGAAAGUCUACUCUUACCGAUUCUUUGGUCCAGCGUGCUGGUAUCAUUUCGGCCGCCAAAGCUGGAGAAGCUCGUUUCACAGAUACCCGUCAGGACGAGCAGGACAGAUGUAUUACCAUCAAGUCCACUGCCAUCUCUCUUUACGCCAAGCUCGUUGAUGAGGAUGACCUUAAGGAUAUCCCCCAGAAGGUCGAGGGUAACGAGUUCUUGAUUAACUUGAUUGACUCUCCCGGUCACGUCGAUUUCUCUUCCGAAGUCACUGCUGCCCUCCGUGUCACUGACGGUGCCCUUGUCGUCGUUGACUGUGUUUCUGGUGUCUGUGUCCAGACCGAGACCGUCUUGCGACAGGCUCUUUCCGAGCGUAUCAAGCCAGUUUGUAUCAUCAACAAGGUCGACCGUGCUCUUCUUGAGCUCCAGGUAUCCAAGGAAGAUCUAUACCAAUCUUUCUCCCGAACCGUCGAGUCCGUCAACGUCAUCAUCUCCACCUACCUUGACAAGGCUCUCGGUGACGUCCAGGUCUACCCAGAGAAGGGUACCGUUGCUUUCGGAUCUGGUCUUCACGGAUGGGCUUUCACUAUCCGCCAGUUCGCUGUCAAAUAUGCCAAGAAAUUCGGUGUUGACAGAAAUAAGAUGAUGGACAGACUUUGGGGAGACAACUACUUCAACCCAAAGACCAAGAAGUGGACCAAGAACAGCGAGUAUGAGGGCAAGACCCUCGAGCGUUCUUUCAACCAGUUCAUUCUGGACCCCAUCUUCAAGAUUUUCAACGCCAUCACUCACUCCAAGAAGGACGAGAUCGCCACCCUCGUUGAGAAACUUGAGAUUAAGCUUACCUCUGAGGAGCGUGACCUUGAGGGCAAGCCAUUGCUCAAGAUUAUCAUGAGAAAGUUCCUUCCCGCUGCCGACGCUCUUCUUGAGAUGAUGGUCCUCAACCUCCCAUCUCCCGUUACUGCCCAGAAGUACCGUGCCGAAACCUUGUACGAAGGUCCAACUGAUGACGAGGCCUGCAUUGGUGUCCGUGACUGCGACCCCAAGGGUCCUCUUAUGCUUUACGUCUCUAAGAUGGUGCCAACCUCCGAUAAGGGACGUUUUUAUGCUUUCGGUCGUGUCUUCUCUGGUACCGUCCGCUCCGGUCUUAAGGUCCGUAUCCAGGGUCCUAACUACACUCCUGGAAAGAAGGAUGAUCUCUUCAUCAAGGCUAUCCAGCGUACCAUUCUCAUGAUGGGCCGUUUCGUCGAGCCCAUUGAGGAUGUCCCAGCUGGUAACAUCGUCGGUCUCGUUGGUGUCGACCAGUUCUUGCUCAAGUCUGGUACCCUCACCACCAGUGAAACCGCCCACAACUUGAAGGUCAUGAAGUUCUCCGUCUCUCCCGUCGUCCAGCGAUCCGUCGAGGUCAAGAACGCCAACGAUCUGCCCAAGCUUGUCGAAGGUCUCAAGCGUCUCUCCAAGUCUGACCCUUGUGUCUUGACCAUGAUUAACGAGUCUGGUGAGCACGUUGUUGCCGGUGCUGGUGAACUUCAUUUGGAAAUUUGCUUGAAGGAUCUUGAGGAAGAUCACGCUGGUGUUCCUCUCCGUAUCUCUGACCCCGUCGUUGCCUAUCGUGAGACCGUCGGCUCCGAGUCCAGCAUGGUUGCCUUGUCCAAGUCUCAGAACAAGCACAACCGUCUCUACGUCACUGCUCAGCCAUUGGGUGAGGAGGUUUCUCUCGCUAUUGAGGCAGGAAAGAUCUCUCCCCGCGACGAUAUCAAGACUCGUGCCCGUCUUCUCGCUGAUGAGUACGAAUGGGAUGUCACUGAUGCCCGUAAGAUCUGGUGUUUCGGUCCAGACACCUCUGGUGCCAACGUCCUUGUUGACCAGACCAAGGCCGUCCAGUACCUCAACGAAAUCAAGGAUUCUUUCGUCUCUGGUUUCCAGUGGGCUACCCGCGAAGGUCCAGUUGCUGAAGAGCCAAUGAGAGCUAUUCGCUUCAACAUCCAGGACGUCACCCUUCACCCCGAUGCCAUUCACCGUGGUGGCGGUCAGAUCAUCGGUACUGCCCGUCGAGUCCUGUUGGCCGCUACCCUCUUGGCUGACCCCGGUAUCCUCGAACCCGUCUUCUUGGUCGAAAUCCAAGUCCCAGAGCAGGCCAUGGGUGGUAUCUAUGGUGUCCUCACUCGACGACGUGGUCACGUCUUCGCCGAAGAGCAGCGUCCCGGUACUCCUCUCUUCACCAUCAAGGCUUACCUCCCUGUCAACGAGUCCUUCGGUUUCCCUGCCGAUCUCCGCUCUGCCACUGGUGGUCAGGCUUUCCCCCAGUCCGUCUUCGACCAUUGGCAGCUCCUCCCCGGUGGCUCUGCCCUCGACCCAACCACCAAGCCUGGUCAAAUUGUCACCGAAAUGCGAAAGCGCAAGGGUAUCAAGGAGACCGUUCCAGACUACACCAACUACUACGACAAAUUGUAA